AUGACCCCCAGACCAACCAAAGCCACAGCUGCAUCCCAGUGUUCAGCGCCUACAUCCCUUCCCACCCUCACUGCCACCAAGCCCAAAAGAAAGGCUGAAGGGUAUGCUAAAGGAGAUAAAGCCAAGGUGAAGGAUGAACCACAGAGAAGAUCUGCAGGGUUAUCUGCUAAACCUGCUCCUCCAAAAGCAGAGCCCAAGCCUAAGAAGACCCCUGCAAAGAAGAGAGAGAAGGUACCCAAAGGGAAAAAGGGAAAAGCUGACGCUGGCAAGGAGGGGAAUAACCCUGCAGAAAAUGGAGAUGCCAAAACAGACCAGGCACAGAAAGCCAAAGGUGCUGGAGAUGCCAAGUGA